AUGGCCGGCGCCCAGUCGCCGCCCGGAUAUAUCCCUUCAUCUUCUACAUACCUUGGCCUGCAAUUCAACACCACCGUCAUCGCUCCCGGUCGCUUCAUCGAUGCUUCACUCGCCGCGAACGCUCCUAUCACAUUCCCCGCCAAAACCAGCGACGAUCCGCUUACGUACCAAGUCUUCAUGCUUGAUCUCUCCAUUCCCUCAAUAGCUGUCACCGCGGAUACAGGCUACCCAAUCGUUCCGGGCAUUGCAGCCAAAGACACAACGCGACUCCACUGGUGGCAGGGUAAUCUCACCGUGCAUGAUGGCAUUUUCGUCAAUUCCAGUCAAGCGCUGGCGCCCUGGAAUACCCCAGAACCUGUGGGUACGGCGGAUCAUUACUAUGCCUUUUAUCUGUUUGCCCAGCCAGCGGACUGGAGUCAGUCUGCGGCUGCUCUGGAUGGGCUCUAUUCUGAUCCCUCUGGCGAUUCGCGGUACAAUUUCAGUUUGGUCGCCAUAGUGGAGCAGGUUGGGGAGCCGGUAGCAGCGAAUUAUUUUCUGUCUCUGGAAAGCAGCUCUUAA